CGAGGAGCCCAACUCUCUCACCAAACUCUGCGCCCCAGAGCAUCCCCCUGCCACGGGGUACCCCUCCUGCGCCCAUUGAAAAGCCGCCGUGCGCGCCCGGCCGCGUCACUCUGCGGGCGGAGAUACGCCUGUGCUCAUCCUCCUCGCCGCCUGGCUCUGGCAACUCCGGCCCCCAUAAGUAGUUUGGGUUCCCGACCGCUCGCACCCAGAGGCAGCGAUGCAAACGAGCAGGGCUCCGGCCAUCAGCGUGAGCGCGGAGAGCUGCAUCCCCGCCGGGCUGCGCCUGGGUCCCGUGCCGGGCAUCUUCAAACUGGGCAAGUACCUGUCAGACCGCAGGGAGCCAGGACCCAAAAAAAAGGUGCGGAUGGUGAGAGGGGAGUUAGUGGAUGAAGCCGGGAGCUCAGCUCUGGAGUGGAUAGGGUUAAUCCGGGCUGCCCGAAACGCCCAAGAGCAGACACUGGAGGCUAUUUCGGAUCUGCCAGGAGGACAGAUUUUCUACCGGGCCCUGCGCGAUGUCCAGCCGGGAGAGGAGCUCACCGUCUGGUACUCCAACCCCCUGGCUCAGUGGUUCGACAUCCCCGUCACGGCCACCCCGACACACGACGAGAAAGGGGAGGAGCGGUACAUCUGCUGGUACUGCUGGAGGACCUUCAAGUACCCCAACAGCCUCAAGGCCCACGUCCACUUCCACUGCGCGCUGAGCCACGGCCGCCCCUUCCUCCACCACGACCACGGCCGGCCCGCCGCCGCCUCCUUCGGCCUCUCCGCCAAGGCGGCCGCCGAGCUGCCGGCCGCGGCCCCCCGGGGCCCGGCUCCCCCCGGCUGCGGCCCGCGGGAGGCCCUCAAGCGGGAGGCCGCCGCCUCCCCGCCGCCUCCGGCCAAGCCGGGGCCGCCCCGUCGGGGGGCGGGCAAGGAGGAGCAGGAGCGCGCCCUGGACAUGAGCCUGGGCGCCGCCCGCGGCCCGGGCCCGCUGCCGGGGCUGGGGGGGGGGCCGGGGCUGGCGCUGUGCCCCGGGGCCCGCUCGGCUUUCCGCCCCGCCGGGCCGCUGCGGGACGAGGCGCGGGGGGCCGCCGCCGCCGCCGCCGCCCUGGGCUUCUCCAAGCUGCUGGGGGGGCUGAAGGCGGGGCGCGCCGCCGUCGAGGCGCCGCCCAAGUGCGAGGCCGGGCCUCCCCCGGCCGCCUCGGUGGGGGCGGCCGUGGGGCUGCCGUGCGGCGGCGGGGGGCUGCGGGCCCUGCCGCUGCUGUCGCCGCUGGAGGAGGCGUCGGCUUUCCGGCAGGUGGAGCGGGGGCUGCCCGGAGCCGCGGCUCUGCCCCCCGGCCGCUACCCGGCGCUGCCCGGAGGAGCGCUGGAGCGCUUCGCCCUGCCGCCGCCCUUCGAGGGGCUGAAGGCGUACGCGGGCGAGUGCGGGCUGCCGGUGAUGCCGCUGACCGUCUACAACGGGGAGCUGCUGUACGGAGCCGCCGCGCCCUACUACCCGCUCAAGCUGCACCUCGGCGGGCUGCUCAAGUACCCCGAGGCCGUGUCGUACUUCGGGGGGCCGGCGGCCGGGCUGCACGCCGCCGAGCUGGGCUCGCUGGCCGGCAUCGACCGGGAGAUCGCCAUGCACACGCAGCAGCUCUCCGAGCUGGCGGCCGAGAAGGGGCGAGGGCGGCUGGAGGCGCUGCCGGGGGGCGCGGCGGGGGGCGCCGUCGGCAAGCCCAAAAGCGGGCACCUGUGCCUGUACUGCGGCAAGCUGUACUCCCGCAAGUACGGGCUCAAGAUCCACAUGCGGACUCACACGGGCUACAAGCCGCUCAAGUGCAAGGUGUGCCUGCGGCCCUUCGGGGACCCCAGCAACCUCAACAAGCACAUCCGCCUGCACGCCGAGGGCAACACGCCCUACCGCUGCGAGUACUGCGGCAAGGUGCUGGUGCGGCGCCGCGACCUCGAGCGGCACGUCAAGUCCCGGCACCCGGGGCAGAGCCUCGGCAAGGCGGCCGAGGACAAGAGUGACUCUGGCUACGCGCACCCCGAGCCGGAGCAAAAGACUGACAACGACAGCGACGUCGACGUCUGCUUCACCGACGACCAGAGCGACCCCGAGAGCGGCGGCGGGCACCGGCAGCAGUGAGCCCCGCUGAGCCCCCGGCCCCGCGGGGCCGUCCCGGGGGAGGGAGUCCCGGGGGUGGCGGGGG